AUGAAAAUGCGAGCAACUUUCCAGUAUCUUUUCCCUCUCCUGUUGGAUAUGGCGGAGUUGUGCUUGUCCAUUCCUGUGAGUAGUGCUUGGCCAGAACGAGAAGCUUCUUGUGUCAAGAGAGUAAAGACGCGAGUAAGGUCGCGCUUAAAGAAUGACAUGCUGGAAUCGCUACUCCAUAUUUCCAUCAACGGUCCAGAAGUAAAAGAUUCAACAGCAUUAAUCGAUUCUACUCUGAAGCAGUGGCUCGCAAAACCAAGGCGAAAGAUGUCCAUUGCAAAUAAACGACCAUCUAACGCAGAAGGGAGGGCACAUUGUGUAGAUGUGUCCAUACAGGUUGGUUCUUCUGACACUGUCAAUGUUCAUGAUCAGGAAAUGGAAGAUGAAUCGUUAUGUGAACAAGAAGAGUUUGAAGACAACGCUGGAAUGAUGGAGACUGAGGAAGAGGUGGAUGCUGCUGCCAACUUAUUUAAAUUACCAGCAGUAGAUCUGGAAGAAUACGACACCGACAGUGACGUCGAGGACAGUACUGAUAAUGAUUACGAUAGUUCAGAUUCAGAUUAA